AUGAACUCCACGACUGGCGAAGGAUUGAAUUCUACUGUAAUUGACGGAGGACUUCCGAAUGUCAGUACGGCAAAUAUCAUCGGGUUCUCUAUUGCAUUUUUCAUCGUAGGUGUUACAGGUAUCGUUGGGAAUACUCUCGUCAUUUACGUCAUACUCGCUGACAAGAAGAUGAGACAGUCUAUGACAAACAUGCUCAUCAUCAAUCUUGCGAUAGCCGAUGGGAUAGUUCUGGUUUUUGGGAUACCGGAAAUAGUACAAUUUUUGCUAAAUCGAGGCUGGAUACUUGGCGAAGUGAUGUGCCGACUGGAGAGAACUUUCCUGGUCGUAGGGCUAUAUGUGUCCGUAAUGACACUAGUUUCACUUUGUAUUGAAAGGUACAUAGCAAUCAUCUUCCCGAUAAAAGCCCAUCUGAUGUGCACUCGGCGACAUACACUAAUUGUGAUAGUGGUAAUUUGGACGCUGUCUAUUGGUUUCGGAAGUCCAACUUUAAUGUUUAAUCAAGUGAUAUCCAGCUAUCGUUACCACGACACGAUACAGUUCUGUCAGAUCAUACUCCCAGGACAUGGCAUGAGCAGUUACCUCCUCUACAAAUACGUAGAGGCGGCGCUGUUUUACUUUCUCCCACUCAUCAUUCAGGUGAUAUGCUACAUCGUGAUCGGGAAAACUCUUUUCAUGGGAGUAGAGGAGCUUCAUGGCAAUGGUCGUCAGAACGUUGAUCACAAACGUUUGUCUGACGCUCUUAAACGACGGAGAGCUGUGGUGAAGAUGCUGAUCGCCAGUGUUCUUAUUUAUUUCCUCAGCUAUUCUCCCCAUCAGAUCCUCCUUGUGUACAACACCUUCUGGCGCUCAUCCUUCCAGGACACCUGGGUUUACCUUGUGUUCGUUACUAUUCUAGCCUACGUCAACUCAGCUGCUAAUCCAAUCCUUUACUGCAUCUUCAGCCAGAACUUCCGGCGCCAUUUCGCCGACUUGUUACUCUGCUGCUUACGUUCGAACUAUGAAACCUCUAGUGGUAAAAAUAAUGUUCUGACGCUUAAUUCAGAAUAUACUAUACUGUUAAAGAGAAACACUCAUAGCAAAAAUGCGUACGGUAUUAGUGAUGUUUAA